AUGGCCGAGUUGUUGCUGCAUUGCAUUAUUUUCUACUUGUGAAAUAAAAAGAAAUGUUCAUAGCCUCAGUUUCUGUUCAAUAUUUAGGUUAAAAAUAAAGACAAAAUUUAGUGGUUCCUGUUAUUCAUGUGUUCGUGACCAUAAAACAUGUCGCACGGCGAAGGCGUUACGGGCCACAGUUCAUUGCCUUAUGUAAAACUCGAAAUGGUGUUUCUUCCGUGAGCGACCGAAAUAAUACGGUGACUUAUGUGUGUAGUGAGAUUGUUAUAACAGAGCGGUGUAUAAAAAAGUGUGAAAAUGUCGAAUUCUACGGCGCAAGUGUUGAUGAAGAAGGGUAAACGUGGGGCAGCCGCGUACAUCCACGCGGACUGCGCCAGCACUUCUCCGCAGCACCUGGGCCCGUUGCUGGACGUGCUCCUGAACCCCAGCAAGGCCAUCGACGAGUGGGAGACGAUCGAUUGGUGCCGCUGGCUGAUAGCCGGAGGGAGGACCCCCGACGAGUUCGCCACUAUUGUGAGGAGCUACGACAAACACGACAAAUGCGGCCUCGUCUGGAUACCACGCGUGGUUGCCUACAGGUGCCGGACGUGCGGCAUCUCGCCGUGCAUGUCCAUAUGCCGCGAGUGCUUCCACCGCGGCGACCACUCCACGCACGACUUCAACAUGUUCCUGUCGCAGGCGGGCGGCGCGUGCGACUGCGGCGACGAGUCCGUCAUGAAGGAGGACGGGUUCUGCAGCAACCAUGGCAACAAAUGUCCCCGGCCGGGCACGGCGCCGGCGGAGCUGAUGUGCGUCGCCGAGGCCAUGAUGCCGCGACUCAUACUGAGGCUGCUUCAGCACUUCAGGGAGAACAGCGACAACUUCAGCACCACAGCGGGCGCGCAGUCCAAGUCGGAUGGUUAUCGCAUCGCCGUGCACGACUGCGAGUUCUACGUGCAGAUGCUCAUGGAGUUCAACAACAUGGGCGACCUCAUGCGCUCCGCCAUGACCAAGGCGCUCAUCAACCCGCAGAUGUACAGAAAUCUAGUAGAGCCGCCGUUCCCGGACACGGAGUAUGGCUGCUACAUGGCCGAGUCCAACAAAAUGUACGAGAAAGCUAUCGAGUCCUUCCCCGCGCCGGAACCUCCUGAUGAAUAUCGACAUCUGCCUGCGCUAGCGCCGCGCCUACAACACAACACACUACUCGACGAGUUCAUAUUCUGGACGUUCAAGUACGAGUUCCCGCAGAACGUCGUCUGCUUUCUGCUCAAUAUGCUGCCCGAUCAAGACUACAAAGAACACCUGACCCGCACGUUCGUGAUGCACUACGCGCGAAUCCCGCUUGUGCUGGAGGCGGCGUCCGACCCCGACACGCUGUCCAACCGCGUCGUGCACAUGUCGGUACAGCUGUUCUCCAACGAGGCCCUCGCGCUCCGUUGCGUUCAGCAACUCCAUUUGCUACACGUGAUGGUGCUAUCUCUACGCCUGAUGAUGGGCAAGAUCUUAGUCCAGAACACGCUUCACGACCCCGAGCAGAACUUCCACUACGUCAUCGACUGCACGCGGCGUGUCAUGAAGGAGCACUGCUACUGGCCUCUGGUGUCGGACUUUAACAACGUGCUGUCGCAUAAGAGCGUGGCGCUGCUGUUCUUACAAGACGACGCUCUGGUGGACAUGUGGUUCGAGUUCCUGUCGAUGCUGCAGGGCAUGAACGUGAACAUCCGCGAGACCGGCGGUCACAUCGAGUUCGAGCCCUCAUCUUACUACGCAGCGUUUUCUUGCGAGCUGGAGGCGGCGGCGUACCCGAUGUGGUCGGUGCUGAGCCACCUGUCGGAGCCCGCGCACGCGCCGCUGGCCAGGCGGAUCAUCGCCGCCGCGCUCACGUACCUGCAGGAGUGGCUGGACGCCGUGCACUUCACCGCGCCGCAUAUGGAGAGGACGGAGGUGAUGCACGCAUCGUUCCACUUCCCGCUACACCGGUACUUGGGCGCGUUCCUGUGCGCCGGAGUGCGUGCUAUGGGCGUGCGCGCGCGCGACGUGCUGCCGCCGCCCGAUUUGCUUGCGUUACUCUGCGUGCACCCGCUGCGAGUGCAGAGCCUAUUCUACGAGAUACUGGCGGGUGUGUGGGUGCGCAACGGGCUGCAGAUCAAAGGCCAGGCCAUGACGUACAUCCAGGCCAACUUCUGCAACUCCAUGGUGGACAUGGACAUCUACUGGCUGCAGAUCUGCGCGGCGCACCUCCCCGCUGACCAGUUUAUUGACAUGUGCAUUGAUAUGUUUGGAGUCCGCGAAUGGCUCAGCAUGCUGCCGAUGUCACCAGUCCAGGCAGCUGAACAAGAUGCAAUGGUGGAGGGACUACUCACGUUCCUCGCCAUACUUGUAUCUUCGCGGACCAAUCUCGGCAAUGACGAACUGACGCAAUCCCGGCUAGAAGUCAGCACGCUGCUAGCGGCGGGCGACAAGACACAUUCACAACUGCUCGAACUCAUGCCCGAGCGCUCCGGCAACGCGCACACCAGGAACUUCGAGAGCGUGCUCAAAGAGGUGUCAACAUACCGGCCGCCGCCCAAAGGCUCGGAGAACCUGGAGCAAGGCCUGUUCGUGCCCAAGCCGGUGGUGUGGGAGCAGUACUACGACCCGCUACACGUGCUGCGCCGCGCCGUGCACAGAAGGGACUUCCACGCGUCCAUGGAACGCUUCUCCACCUAUGUCCGCGAGAAGCAGAAGUCUACCGGCUCGACCAGCACGUCGAGCGGGGCCGGCGAGGCUUCGGGCGCGGGCCCCAGUGCCCCCGGGGCCCUGUGGCCCCCGCUGCGGGCCCCGGCGCCCGCGCCUGAGGCUGCCGGCGACCCGCGAGCUCUCUGCGCCUCAGGCGUCCUCCACGGCGCUCUCCUAUGCGUGCUACACCGCGGCGUGCACCGGCGCGGCGCACCCGCCACCGCUGCCGGCGCCGCGCCGCCCGCCUCGCCGCACGCGCCGCCCGACCACGUGCUAGCAUUAGCCGUGUAUCUGCUGCGAGUGGCCGCGCAUCUGGCCGCUGAGCGCGCUACGGAUCAUACGUGUAUGCUAGGCUUAAUGCGCCUUAGGUUGAGCCCGGCGCACGCGCCGCUUGACCACGUGCUAGCACUUGCCGUGUAUCUGCUGCGAGUGGCCGCACAUCUGGCUGCUGAGCGCGCUACGCAUCACACGGUUAGUCACGAUACACACGUCGCCAUUAGUGGUCUUAUAGGGUAUCGUAGGUUUAAUGCGCCCUCGAGGUUAAGCCCGGCGCACGCGCCGCUGGAUCACGUGCUAGCGUUGGCGGUGUACCUGCUGCGAGUGGCCGCGCAUCUGGCUGCUGAGCGCGCUACGCAUCAUACGGGUAUCGUAGGUUUAAUGCCCCCUAGGUUAAGCCCGGCGCACGCGCCGCUUGACCACGUGCUAGCACUAGCGGUGUAUCUGCUGCGAGUGGCCGCGCAUCUGGCUGCUGAGCGCGCUACGCAUCAUACGUGCUCGAGGUUAAGCCCGGCGCACGCGCCGCCCGACCACGUGCUAGCACUAGCAGUGUAUCUGCUGCGAGUGGCCGCGCAUCUGGCUGCUGAGCGCGCUACGCAUCAUACGGUCCACGCUAGAAAGCCGCGCCGCCCGACCACGUGCUCGCGCUGGCGGUAUACUUGCUGCGAGUGGCCGCGCAUCUGGCUGCUGAGCGCGCUACGCAUCAUACGGUUAAGCCCGGCGCACGCGCCGCUUGACCACGUGCUAGCACUAGCCGUGUAUCUGCUGCGAGUGGCCGCGCAUCUGGCUGCUGAGCGCGCUACGGAUCAUACGUGUAUGCUAGGCUUAAUGCGCCUGAGGUUAAGCCCGGAGCACGCGCCGCCGGACUACGUGCUAGCGUUGGCGGUGUAUCUGCUGCGAGUGGCCGCGCAUCUGGCCGCUGAGCGCGCUACGGAUCAUACAGUUGAAUGCGCCCUCGAAGCCGCGCCGCCUGCCUCGCCGCACGCGCCGCCCGACCACGUGCUAGCGUUGGCCGUGUAUCUGCUGCGAGUGGCCGCGCAUCUGGCUGCUGAGCGCGCUACGCAUCAUACGUGCUCGAGGUUAAGCCCGGCGCACGCGCCGCCCGACCACGUGCUAGCGUUGGCGGUGUAUCUGCUGCGAGUGGCCGCGCAUCUGGCUGCUGAGCGCGCUACGGAUCAUACGGUUAGUCAUUAUACACGCGUCGCUUCAUUUUGUCCUAUAGUGUAUGCUAAGAUUAAUGCGCCGCUCGCCUCGCCGCAUGCGCCGCCCGACCACGUGCUCGCGCUGGUGGUAUACUUGUUGAGAGUGGCCGUGCAUCUUGCUGCUGAGCGCGCUACGCAUCAUACGUGUUUGCUAAGCUUAAUGCGCCUUAGGUUAAGCUCGCCGCACGCGCCGCCCGACCACGUGCUAGCGCUGGCGGUGUAUCUGCUGCGAGUGGCCGCCCAUCUGGCUGCUGAGCGCGCUACGCAUCAUACGUGUAUCCUAGGUUUCAUCGAAGCCGCGACGCCCGCCUCGCCGCACGCGCCGCCCGACCACGUGUUAGCAUUGGCGGUGUAUCUGCUGCGAGUGGCCGCGCAUCUGGCCGCUGAGCGCGCUACGCAUCAUACGGAAGCCACGCCGCCCGCCUCGCCGCACGCGCCGCCCGACCACGUGCUAGCACUAGCGGUGUAUCUGCUGCGAGUGGCCGCGCAUCUGGCUGCUGAGCGCGCUACGCAUCAUACGGUUGAAUGCGCUCUCAAAGAUGCGCCGCUCGCCUCGCCGCACGCGCCGCCCGACCACGUGCUAGCGCUGGCGGUGUAUCUGCUGCGAGUGGCCGCGCAUCUGGCUGCUGAGCGCGCUACGCAUCAUACGAUUAAUGCGCCGUUCGCUUCGCCGCACGCGCCGCCCGACCACGUGCUAGCGUUAGCCGUGUAUCUGUUACGAGUGGCCGCGCAUCUGGCUGCUGAGCGCGCUACGCAUCAUACGUGCUCGAGGUUAAGCCCGGCGCACGCGCCGCCCGACCACGUGCUAGCGUUGGCGGUGUAUCUGCUGCGAGUGGCCGCGCAUCUGGCUGCUGAGCGCGCUACGCAUCAUACGCGCGACGUGUGCGUGCAAGAGGCCGAGGGCGCCGCCCGCGUGUCAGGCGUGCCGCUACUGGGCGCGUUCGCGGGCGCGGCCGUGUGCGACAACGCGCGCACCGUGGUGGCCAGCGUGCCGCCGCGCGCGCGCCCCGCCCCCGCGCCCGCGCAGCCCGCGCACCCCGCGCGCUACCACUCCGACACGAGACAGAGACAGACAGGUCUCUGCCUUAGUCAAGUAACGGUCGCGGUCUCCCGUCUCGUUCUCCCGUCGCUACUGGGCGCGUUCGCGGGCGCGGCCGUGUGCGACAACGCGCGCACCGUGGUGGCCAGCGUGCCGCCGCGCGCGCGCCCCGCCCCCGCGCCCGCGCACCCCGCGCGCUACCACUCCGACACGAGACAGAGACGGACAGGUCUCUGCCUUAGUCAAGUAACGGUCGCGGUCUCCCGUCUCAUUCUCCCGUCCCUACUGGGCGCGUUCGCGGGCGCGGCCGUGUGCGACAACGCGCGCACCGUGGUGGCCAGCGUGCCGCCGCGCGCGCGCCCCGCCCCCGCGCCCGCGCACCCCGCGCACCCCGCGCGCUACCACUCCGACAGCGACACAGAAUGGGAGCCCUCAGAAUCGGAAACGACCCGCCUGCCAUCGCUGACGCGAACCGCGUCCCUGCCAGCCACCAGCACAGCGCUAGCGGUGCCGCCGCCUUUACAGGUGGUGCAGCGCUCAGACUCCAUGCCUGACGACCAGUCCGAUGCGGGCGGCGACGCGCCCCAGAUGCGAGCGCUAGAGGAUGUUUCGGACCGGCAAGCGUUGGCGCUGCAGGCGUUAGGAGACUCGAUCAUGGAAUCGGAACCACAGAUGACCCUUGCGAUACCAGAAACGGAACCUCCACCAGCUAUUGAUUAUGAAGUGGGCAACCCCGAGUGGUGCGUGAGCGUGGUGCCGCCGCGGCCCGCGCUGCCCGCGCCGCAGCCGCAGCCGUCCACCAGCACGCAGAUGCAAGUCCACAACCAACCACAGGACGAGUCGAUUCCGGUGAACGAAUCGAUAAUAUCGCUGCUAAUGAAACUGCAUUCGCAACUGUCGGGAAGGCUGGACUCCUUCUCACUCGAAGAACCGGCUCCUGAGACUGACGAACCCAUUGGUGACGGCCCACACUUCAUCGGCCAAGUGCUACGCGCGCUGGCCAAGUUAGACGCCCGCUGCGCGUCCGCCAUCGCGCACGUUCGGCAGACGCUGUGGCCCAACCAGCGGGAGCGACAAGCAGAACAGCGGGCCAGAGAACGACGUGAGAAGGAGGAGCGCUCACGACGCGCGCGCGAUCGUCAAGCAGCCGUCAUGCGAGAGUUCGCUCGCAAGCAGCAGCAGUUCCUCUCGCACGUGCAGGCGGCGGCCGCCAACGAGCAGAUGGACUGGGACGCCGACGAGCCGCUGCGGCACUACGACUGCGUCAUCUGCAACACCACCGCGCCCGCCUCGCACCACGACCCGAUUGGGCUGUGUGCGCUGCUCCAGUACUCCAACCCAUUCCCAUUGCGGCACUACGAUACGUCAUGUGCACCACCACCUCGUCUGCUUCGUACCACGACCCGAUUGGAACGACGUGAAAAGAAGGAGUGUUCACGACGCGCGCGCGACCGCCAAGCGGCCGUCAUGCGAGAGUUCGCUCGGAAGCAGCAGCAGUUCCUCUCGCACGUGCAGGCGGCGGCCGCCAACGAGCAGAUGGACUGGGACGCCGACGAGCCGCUGCGGCACUACGACUGCGUCAUCUGCAACACCACCGCGCCCGCCUCGCACCACGACCCGAUUGGGCUGUGUGCGCUGCUCCAGUCAACCUCAGUCCUCGGGCACCGGCGGAAAGCCGGCAGCGGCGACGCCCGCCUGGCAUUAUCUGAAGCCGAGCGCGCGAGGCUGGCGGCGCAGCACGACACCACUGCCGCCGCUCACCACUACCGAUUACACGACGACUUGCACGCGCACUUUGACCAGGAAUCAUGGCUGAUGAGUGUGAGCGUGGGUUGGGAAGGCGGAGUUCACGUGCAAUCUUGUGGACAUCAUCUACAUUUACGGUGUUUACAGCUAUACCUCCGGAGUUUAUCAGCUCCCCAACGACCUCACAACCUGCACGUGGACCGCGGCGAGUUCCUGUGUCCCGUGUGCAGGCAGCUCGCCAACACCGUGCUGCCGCUCGCGCCGCCGCCGCCGCCCGCGCGACCCCGCCACGCGCCCCCGCCGCACCAGCGCCUCGCCGACCGGCUGCUGCAGCAGCUGCAGCUGCAGCACCAGGCGCCGUACCGCCCGCCGCCGACACCGUGCCGCCCGCGCGCCCGCCACGCGCCCCCGCCGCACCAGCGCCUCGCCGACCGGCUGCUGCAGCAGCUGCAGCUGCAGCACCAGGCGCCGUACCGCCCGCCGCCGACACCGUGCCGCCCGCGCGCCCGCCACGCGCCCCCGCCGCACCAGCGCCUCGCCGACCGGCUGCUGCAGCAGCUGCAGCUGCAGCACCAGGCGCCGUACCGCCCGCCGCCGACACCGUGCCGCCCGCGCGCCCGCCACGCGCCCCCGCCGCACCAGCGCCUCGCCGACCGGCUGCUGCAGCAGCUGCAGCUGCAGCACCAGGCGCCGUACCGCCCGCCGCCGACACCGUGCCGCCCGCGCGCCCGCCACGCGCCCCCGCCGCACCAGCGCCUCGCCGACCGGCUGCUGCAGCAGCUGCAGCUGCAGCACCAGGCGCCGUACCGCCCGCCGCCGACACCGUGCCGCCCGCGCGCCCGCCACGCGCCCCCGCCGCACCAGCGCCUCGCCGACCGGCUGCUGCAGCAGCUGCAGCUGCAGCACCAGGCGCCGUACCGCCCGCCGCCGACACCGUGCCGCCCGCGCGCCCGCCACGCGCCCCCGCCGCACCAGCGCCUCGCCGACCGGCUGCUGCAGCAGCUGCAGCUGCAGCACCAGGCGCCGUACCGCCCGCCGCCGACACCGUGCCGCCCGCGCGCCCGCCACGCGCCCCCGCCGCACCAGCGCCUCGCCGACCGGCUGCUGCAGCAGCUGCAGCUGCAGCACCAGGCGCCGUACCGCCCGCCGCCGACACCGUGCCGCCCGCGCGCCCGCCACGCGCCCCCGCCGCACCAGCGCCUCGCCGACCGGCUGCUGCAGCAGCUGCAGCUGCAGCACCAGGCGCCGAGUCCAAGCCGCCUAUCCGAAUCGAUGGGCAAAGCGAUGGAAGACAUGACCUCAAUGGCGGGCAGCAAGCUUCGACAACGAUACGGGACGUCGCCGGCCGCCAUCUUUACCUUCGUGGCGUCGCUGGUGCGGACCAACCUCGAGUGUGAGCUGGUGCAGCGAGGCGGCAGUUUGGUCAGCCACCCGCCGCCGCGGUAUAAGCCUAGGAAUGACUGUAUUGUACCCCUGAUGGUGGUAGCGGGCACACACGUCCGCGCACUUCGCGCAGCCGGCGCAGAACUAGGCGCGGCAGAAACAUGGCGCUGGCUCGCGCCGCCUGCCGCCGCCGCGCCCGCCGGGCCCUCGGCGCCGCCUGUACCAGCCCCCGCCGGACCGAGGGCCGUGCCCUUACUGCUGAGGGAUCCCUGCGCGCUGCUGUUACAUAUGCUGCUAUUGGCACCGCAGCGGCCGCCGCAUCUUGACAUGGACACUUCUGAUACAAUUACAUGCUACUUCCCCGCGUUGCCCGCCGCCGCCGCGCCCGCCGGGCCCUCGGCGCCGCCGGUACCCGCGCCCGCCGGACCAAGGGCCGUGCCCUUACUGCUGAGGGAUCCCUGUGCGCUGCUGCUGCAUAUGCUGCUACUAGCGCCACAAAGACCGCCGCAUCUUGACAUGGACACUCGUGAGUCAACUACAUGCUACUUCCCCGCGUUGCCCGCCGCCGCCGCGCCCGCCGGGCCCUCGGCGCCGCCUGUGCCAGCCCCCGCCGGACCAAGGGCCGUGCCCUUACUGCUGAGGGAUCCUUGUGCGCUGCUGCUGCAUAUGUUGUUGCUAGCGCCGCAAAGGCCGCCGCAUCUUGACAUGGACACUCGUGAGUCAACUACAUGCUACUUCCCCGCGUUGCCCGCCGCCGCCGCGCCCGCCGGGCCCUCGGCGCCGCCUGUGCCAGCCCCCGCCGGACCAAGGGCCGUGCCCUUACUGCUGAGGGAUCCUUGUGCGCUGCUGCUGCAUAUGUUGUUGCUAGCGCCGCAAAGGCCGCCGCAUCUUGACAUGGGACGUAUAGGGAGAAAGGAUGCAAGCUACGAUCACCUCGCGAGCGAACGACAAAGAUUGUACAAAAACGUGGGAUACAAGGGCCGUGCCCUUACUGCUGAGGGAUCCCUGCGCCCUGCUGUUACAUAUGCUGCUAUUGGCGCCGCACCGCAUCUUGACAUGGACACUCGUGAACCAACUACGUACUUCCCCGCGCCGCCGCCGCGCCCGCCGGCCCCUCCGCGCCGCCGGGCCGUGCCCUUACUGCUGAGGGAUCCCUGUGCGCUGCUGUUACAUAUGCUGCUACUAGCACCGCAAAGGCCACCGCAUCUUGACAUGGAACAAUUCACCUGCGUCGUCCGCUCCCUCUACGCACUCACCUACUACCAGAUAGUCUGCCAGUUUAUUGCCAGCACCAACGCGGAAGGCCGCGCGGCGUUAGGCGCGGCGGCGCCCGCGGGCCCGGGCUCGGGACUACGGGCCGCCGCGAGGUUGCUAUUGGCUGCCCUGGCUGAUUCAGAACUGUUUACUGAGGAUGGGCCAGCUUCGCCGCACGCUGAGAAACCUAAUCUGGAUAUAGCUCAGUUGGAGGCGCAGCUGCAAGAACUGCUGCUACCGUUCGUACGCUUGGCGGCGCUGCUGCGACACCACUUAUAUGACUGCGAGCUGCCCGAGAUACAAACGCCGCGCCAGGAGUUCGUGCGCCUGGCUUAUUACCUCGAGCUGGUAACGGACGGCAUGCAGUGGUCGGACUGGUCGGCUGCGCAAGCGCUGCUGCCCGACGUGCCGCGCGCCGCCUUCGCCUGGGCGCGACAGCUCGGUGCCGCCGCCGCCAGGGGACAACUCGUGGUCCGCCGCCUCCUCCGCUCGAUGCACGUGGAGUGGGCCCAACCGGCGCUACUGGCUCUCCCGCGCGACUACGACCGUCUGUUCACUUACUACCACGAGCGCGUGUGCGCACAGUGCGGCGCCGUGCCCAAGGAGGCGUCCGUGUGCCUGCUGUGCGGCACGCUCGUGUGCCUCAAGCAGGCCUGCUGCCGCCAGCAGCAGGUGGCCGAGGCCGUGCAGCACGCAAUGGAGUGCGGCGGCGGCACGGGCAUCUUCCUGGUGGUGACGUCGACGUACAUAAUCGUGAUCCGCGGCCGCCGCGCCUGCCUGUGGGGCAGCCUCUACCUCGACGACUACGACGAGGAGGACCGCGACCUCAAGCGCGGCAAACCGCUAUACCUGAGUGCAGACCGACUGGAAUUACUACAAGCUCAAUGGCUGGCGCACCGCUUCGACCACACCAAGCGCACCUGGGUGUGGCACCGCGACUCGCUCUGAGCGCCCCGCCCCGCCCAGCCAGAGGUCACUGAACCCGCCAUGCGCGAGCGCAAGUGCGGACUAGCUUGCAUCAUGACUAAAGCCUGGUCCGUGAGCACGUAGAAUCCCGUCCAAUGACCCCAAGCUGCCCAUCCUUGUCGCUCGCACGUAAUUAUGUUGCUGUCGCGCUCGCACACUCACUGCGGGCGCGCGUCGCACAGUCGCGACAGCAAUAUAAUUACGCGCGAGCGAUAAGGAUGGGUAGCUUGGGGUCAUUGGACAAAAUUCUACGUGCUCACGGACCAGGCUUUACCUGGUAACCAACCCUUCUGUAAUGCCGGCGCCAAACAUUGGCUGCAUUGGCUCCAAGUUACCUUGGAUCCAAUACACCAAUAUGUAGACCGAUCUGCGCCGGCGUAACGUAGACUUGUCAAUUGUAAGACACAAAGAUGACGUCCUUUUCUCAGCUAACACAACUUCUACUGCGUAAGUGUAAUCAAAUUGUCUGUACUCGUACGAGCAGGACUACUUGGACUUUGAGUUAUUUUGGAUUUUAACUUAGAAAAUUAUGUACCCACUAUUAUUAUGCGACUCAGGCCUUCAAUUCAUGCCAAACGUACGAUAACCUAGCACACGCUUUUAAACUUUCUUCUUCUUCCUACUUAUUAUAUGCCCUAAAUUCACUAGUUACGUAUACGAAUAAAAUGACGAACGCUUUUUCGCCAAAAGCGUAUGAUACAUCGAUUUUGAUCAUGCCGCUUCGUGCUUGAACAUUAAACAUUUCACAAGCAAAUAAUGUAAUCCAUUCAUCGACAUAACUAAAUGAAAUAAACUGUAGAUAACGCACGGAGGAGCAGCUUCCUAAGAUAACAUGAAUAAAACUUAAAACUUGUUUCAUACGUCAAUCACAAACAUCACUAUGGAUGAAGUCUGUGAUGUAAGAACCCCUACGAAGCCGUUUCUCCUUACGUUAUUUACCAAGUGCCUAAACAUAUACACACAAUAAACUUAUUCCGUAGAUAGGUAUUUUGUUAAUCUAUGAAUUUAAAAGUAAGAUAUUGUAACGGUCCGAUGAUACUUGUAGAAUUUUCAUGUUGCAUUAAUUUAGAUAUUAUUUAUUAGUAAAAUAUAUCUUAAAAUAUAUAUUGUUACUUAUACAACAUUGUUGACAUCCCGUACCCCUUCUUUCCUGAAUUAUAUUUAUAUAAGUGCGUCUAAAAUGUUUGUUGCCGCAGAUUUAACUUCCGAAUUACGAUUUAUAUAGUUACUCUAACGAGUUGUUAUUAGCAAAUUGUAUGUUUGUUUGUGUAACCAUAGAAUCUAUUAGUGUUGAGCGACGCUAUCCUUCUACAGAUCCGUUAAAUAUUAACAAACUGCUAUGAAACUAAUAAAGUACAUCAUUAAAUCAAAUUCACACGUGCCUCUUUGCGUAGGAGGGCAGCGCCGAAAGCCUGACUGAUAAGUAAAUGCAAUAAAUACAUUAGAUUAUUACGGACGUUGAUUUCUAUAACAGGCUUUUAAAAUUAGUUGAGUGUAGUUAUAAGGUGGAGCUCUAUUCGCGAAAAAGGACCGCGGAUUCGCGGAUAUAAAAGUAUGAAAAUUUACAGAUGUAUUUGCAUCGACAUUAACGCCACGGCUUAGGACUUUUCGUGUAAAAGACUGUAGAGAGAUUCUGUGCAUUUGCGUCGACCGAAACCUUGUAGCGCCGGGGCUUCGGUAACGUGCGGAGUCAAGCCGACGCGCCAUCCGUCAGGGUCCGUCGGGCGUUGUUAGGGCUGUGAAUAUGUAAAGUUUACUUACUUCUCUGUUAACGCGGUUGACGAUGUCACUUAGAUUUAUGAUAUUAAAUUAUUAUUUUAUUUUCAUAUUUUUAUAUAGGUUAACGAUAGACAGUCGCUUUCGGUAGUCGAUACCGAAUAACGAUUGUCUCGCAACGCGACGUCGCGCCGAGGUGUGCGAUUUGUUAAUGCAAUUACUGAUUAAUGUAUUUUGUUUGUUUUCUGAUGUUGGGUUGACUGAGAUAAGUGGGUUGUUUCGGGAGCUGUCCUGUCCCUUGCCAAUAUUCAAGUUAUCCCUUAAGCUCCCGACUCACGCCGACUUGCUUAGAAACCAACGCAAAGGAUAUAAUCAUCACGAAUUAUCUUUAUAUGGUACGGUGCCUAGUUUGUAAUGUAUUUCGUGUGCAAUUUCGCGGCCUUGAUCAGUUUGCUUGUUUUUUUAUUUAAAAUUGAUUUCGGAAGCAGUAUUUAGAUAUUAUAUUAGUUCAGCGAAUUGUAAAUUAGUCGUAGUUGUUACUAAAUUUAGUAGUUUUCGUUAGUUUAUCGUGUAGUCGUCGUGGAGGUUGUAUUUUAGUUUAUUACAACGAAUUGGUGGUUCAUGCAUUGUAGCAUCUCGUAUGUUUACAUUAUAUUUAUAGAAGGCAAUAAACCAUAAUGUCAUGAAUAACCUGUAUUAACAUUUUUGUUUUGUUUUCAAGUUAUAAUAAUUAGAUAAAGACUAAUGUGGAGGUUUUUCAUUUCAAUAUGUUUAAUUUGCGAUUGUAUUUUUAGUUUAAACCCUGAAAUUGUGGAUGUAAACAUGUUAUUAUUAUUUAGUACCUCACGCUGCGUCCGACCGCCCGCACCAUCCGACAAAUAUUUGUUAACACUUGUAAUAUUGUUCUUGUAUAUAUCCGAUCAUUAAAGUUGUUGAUAUUUCAAA